AUGGCCGACGACGCGCUCCAGGCCCUCGCGUUUCUCGAGGCCAUGUAUCCCCUCCCGGGGGAGCUGCUCCUCUCCGACGCCGCCCGGGCCGCCCUGGACGCGUACAGUGCCGGCGAGGAGCCCGACCUGGCCGGGGUAGACAGCCUGGACCUGGCACUGUGCGUCGCCUUGGUCGAGGGCGAGGACGAGCAAGGCCAGCGGGUCGAGCUGGUCAUCUCGCUGCCCGUUUCUGGCGGCGCGACGAGAAUAUCCCUCCGGCAGCCAGACUUCCUCACGCGCGCAAGCUACGAGGUGCUCGCUGCUGCCCUGCCGGCGCCGAGCAGCGACGAGAUCCCCUCGGACGCGAUCACGCUCGCUGUCGAGGCGCUGCGGGCCGCCGCGCUCGAGCUGCCCAGUGCGCCGGCGAGCCCGAAAGCCAAAGCCGACGACAAUGACGGCGCCGACGACGGCCCGCUCGAGCGCGUGUGGUUCUGGUUCCCGUCGCUCUCGACAAGAGAAAAGCGCAAAGACCUCGUGACGUACACCGCGACGUACCGCCUCAAGGGGUUCGUCCUCUCUGGCAAGCCGGCGCUGCUGUGUCUCGAGGGCGGGGGCCGCGCGGUGGACAGAUACAUGGCUGCUAUCAAGAGCGAGAGCUGGGGCGACAUCCCGAGCUAUCAGAAGAAGGUGACAGAACGCCUCCGCCGCCCCAUCACCGACGCGGAGCGCAAGUUCUCCACCAUGACGGACAUUACGCACCUCAUUACCCACCACGGGACGUACAACCACCGCGGGGACAUGAGCGAGGUCAAGAAGCUCAUGGACGAGUGGGGAGUCGGAGACGACUUUGCGGGGGCAGUCAUGAACGCCACCUAG